AUGUUAAUUUAUAUUCAUUUAAUUUUUUAUUUUUCUUCAAAUAAUUUUUGUUUAUUUUCUUCGUUUCGUCGAAUUUUAAUUAAAAUAUUUUUAAUUAUAAAUAUUUUUAAAAUACCUUCAACUUCUCCAUUAAAUAAUUUUGAAAAUCAAAAAAUACUAUUUUCUCUUGAAAUUAGCGAUUUAAAAAUUAAACAAUUUAUUUCUCAAUUAUAUAAAGAAAGUUUAAAAUUAGAUGUUUUUGUUAACUUUCAAGGACAUACAAAUAAUGUCGAUAGAAUUGACCGAGCUAAAGAACCCCUUUUUCGUGAUGUUAAUUUAACAAAAGUUUUGUUACUUUCUGAAUCUGUUCCAAAAUUGUUGAAACUUUACGAUAAUUAUGAGCCAUUUACUGGGCGGCCAGAAAUUGAAACAAUUGAAGAAAAAAAUGAAAUUAAGGAUUUUCUUGAUGUAAUAAUUAAAUCCAGACCGAUGGAUAUGCUCUAUACAUUUUUAAAGAGUAAAGAUCAUCCAAUCGCUAAAAAUCAAUCAGUCUUUCGUCACUCGUUAGAACAAUUAUGGUUUGGGCAAUAUUCUCGUUCUUUGGGGCAACCAGAUUCUUCUGGAUUUGAACAUGUUUUUAUUGGAGAAUUCAAACAAGGCAUAGUUUCUGGCCUUCACAAUUGGAUAAGAUUUUUAUAUUUGGAGAAGAAUAAAAAUAAUUUUCAUUUUGACUAUAAAGGAUAUUUAAUUAAACGAGGGAAUAUUUUUGGAGUAGUAAAAUUCAGUUGGGAAGAUUUAAUGAAACCUGCAGGGUCUUUUCUUAUUGGAACAACACCAGACUUUGAAUUUGCUUUGUAUACAUUUUGUUUUUUAUCGAGACGUUUAAAUGGAAAGGGGAAAAAUUGCAAUUUCGAACUUGAUGGAUGUCAGUUUACUUUAAUUAGCUAUGAAUUGGUUCAACAAGGCCGUCUUUUUAUUGGUUCGAUGUAUCCAAGUGCUGGGCAAAUGACAAAUGAAUGUCGUCGCAGCAGGGAUUUAUUUACUUGA